UCUCCGGCUCUGAUCAAGCUCUCUGCUGCUCCCAGCUUUUUUUUUUCAUCCUGGAUAACUUUUCAGCAGGUCCACGGGGAGUGACUGGGAACAGCCCGUGGGUGACCCAGGAACAAAAGCGGCGCGUGGAUAAAGUUUGAUGAAGUUUUACGCAUGAAGAGGGAACCGGUGUUUGACUGAGCCCCACUGACAUUGUAGAAAUGUUUGUUGACAUGUGACAAGGUUUAUUUAACAGAGAUCGGCAGGAUUGUUUUUGCUCCACGUGUGGACUCGUUGUGAUCGGGACUAUUUCGUUUGGAUUCCUAUGCUGGUUUCAGACAGACAUUGAGAGGCAGACUUGACAGCUUCGGCGCCCUCCACGCGUGUUUUCUCACCUCUCUCUUCCUCAAUCGUCUGUGGACUCCUGAGACCCAAAUCCCGCGUCCGGGUCGUGAGCAGCCCUACCAGACUCAUUCAGGUGUCGCUGACCCGAGCUGUUGUGAUGCAUAUUCCCGUAGAGCCGCCCACGACCAGACGGUUCACGCCGCCCUCCACGUCCUUCCCCUGCAGCAAGAUUGGAGACGGCAGCGCAGCUAUGGCCACCCCGGGGCCCCUCAGGCCAAGACCGGACACCAGGGAUGUGGUAGACGUCUUGGCCGACCACGCCGGCGAACUGGUCCGGACCGAUAGCCCCAACUUCCUCUGCUCAGUGCUCCCAUCCCACUGGAGGUGCAACAAGACGCUGCCGGUGGCUUUCAAGGUGGUGGCUCUCGGUGAUAUACCGGACGGGACUCUGGUCACCGUGAUGGCUGGGAAUGACGAGAACUACUCGGCCGAACUGAGGAACGCCUCCGCAGUGAUGAAGAACCAGGUGGCCCGGUUCAAUGACCUGCGCUUCGUCGGAAGGAGCGGACGAGGAAAAAGCUUUACUCUGACCAUCACUGUGUUCACCGGGCCUCCUCAAGUGGCCACUUACCAUCGAGCCAUCAAAGUGACCGUGGAUGGACCACGAGAACCACGCAGGCACAGAGUGAAGCUAGAAGACCCUCAGAAGAUGCAGUUCUCGGAAAGACUCUCGGAGAUCGAGCGGUACCGAUCUAUGCGGAUAGCACCGGUGAACAAUAAUCGGCCCAUUCACCAAAGCCACCUCAGCACCUCACAAGCUCUGUGGCCGGAGCAGAUGGACACUCCUAAUCUGAAGACUUGCAAAGUGGAGGAAGACUUGAGAACUUGGCCAGGGACUACGGACAUCUUCCAGCAGAGGACGACCUUCCCAUCUCUGUCACCACUGACGGACCCUCGCUUCUCAGAUCCCCGCAUGCACUACCCGGGGGCCUUCCCUUACUCCGCCAACACUUCCAGCACUGGCAUCAGUGGCCUCAGCAUGUCAGCUUCAUCCAGAUACCACACCUACCUGCCCCCUCCCUACACAAACAACCAGACCCAGAACUUCCAGUCCAACUCCUACCUGUAUUAUGGCGCAGGUUCCGGUUCUUACCAGUUUUCCAUGGUAGCUCCAGGAAACACCGGGGGAGAACGCUCUCCUACCCGCUUGCUUUCCUGCUCAGGGGCCGGGGGCACUGGAGGGACCAACAGUCUGAUGAACGCAGGCCUGAACACCCAGAGUGAAGGGGUGGAGGCCGACGGCAGCCACAGCAAUUCUCCCACAACCAUGAGUGCCUCUGGCCGCCUGGAUGAGUCCGUCUGGAGGCCUUACUGACUCACUGACAGCCAGGCAAUCCAGCGAAAGGAAGGAGUUGGUCAAGAGAGCUGAACGAAACAAGCUGAACACUGAAAGAACCAGAGAUGAUGCAUGUUCUGAUUGCUCACUGAAGACUCCUUCAACUCGCCGUGCAUUUUCUACGUUUUGAGUGAACUCUUGCACUGUUAUGAAUUCUCUAAACAUGAAGAUCAGCUGAACUGCAACGAGGAGAAGCCAUAGAAACAUUUCAGGAAAUGAGUGGAUCAAUAAGUUACAAGCCGAACAUUCACUGACUCAUCUGACUUGAUCCACUCACGCAGGGGAGAUGAGCGACUAAAUGUUUGUUCUUCAGUGACUCCAUCCGAAGCUGUAGAAAUCUGAGCUUUAGCCUCCCCAAAAUACUUUUGUCCAUUGGGAAAAAUAUCUUCUGUCUUUUCACUUACGUAGUACAUUAUUGCCUAAUUUAUGAUCCAAGCCAUCUGAGGAACAGUGACAAUCGAUGGAAAGGGGAGCAUAUUGGGCGUCACCACUCACAUGCUGCAUUGUUCUGGUUUCAAAACUCAGGCGUCACACCCUGUUGUGCCUACUCGCCAUUCAAUACAUCAUCAAAACUCCAAUCGCGUAUUUAAAACUGGAUGAUGACAGUUAACUUUAAAUAUUUAUUUGAGCCAAAUUCUGAGGAAAUGUAUGCAUACCCCUGUCUCCUUAAAUCAUUUCCUUCAACCUUUCCUUUUUUAUAAACACACACACACACAUAUAUAUAUAUAUAUAUGUUCUCGUAAAUGGUUGGAAUUUCUGUAAUAUAUUGAUAGUAAAUUAUGAAACAAACUUUCAUGUAAUUAUUAUUUCCAAUGUAGCUUUGAUGCACUAAAAACUUUCGAUUUUUCCGAAUGAACCACGCCCAAUGAUGACGCCUUUGAAAUGCUUUCCAAACUGCCUAUCUAUGCUGAAUACGCUUAAUUUUUUGCACUAUGUUUUCUGGUUUCCAUUUAUUAUCUGAAGAAAGAAAAAUGUUAAUGUACAUAUUUGACAAACCCUGAAAGUCUCUUUGCCAGCAUGCUAGGUGCUUUAAUAAUGUUUUUGAGAUUCAGUUGAUGGCAUAAUCUAUACUUCUAUUUAUUUCCUCUGAUUUGGUCAUCAUAUUGAGCUGGUUGUCACCGAGCUGCUGUCUUCCUCUGAAUCUAAAUCUUCUCAAAUAUGUAGAAGCUUUCCCUGCACUGACAGACAAACCUUAUGCUAGCUUGCUAGCGUACUUCAUUGUACUUACUCUUAUUCAAGUUGCAAUCCAUGCAGUUGCAUUUAUUUAUAACGCCCAUUCAAAGACGUGAUUCAAACAAUUGAUGAACAUACGCAUUGCAUUAGUGGCGUUAACAGAUAUAACACAUAAUACAAAGAGCUUUAUAAUGCGUGCAGUGCAUUUCUUUUUUAUGGUGACUCUCAUAUAAAAAAAAAAUCUGGUCUGAUGACUGCGAAUCAAGUAUAACAUGAGAAAACAGAUGGGAAAAAACCGAGGCCACAAUUAUAUUACAAAGGGCUACAAAACACUUGACACAAAACAUUACACAAAUCCCCGUAGCAUUAGCAACACAAACGCAAUGUUCUCAAGACACUUUUCAUGUCUGAUCAAGGGCUUUCAUGCCAUGGUUGCAGUUUUAGUAUUGCAACUCAUUUAAAUGCAAUAGAUUCCGUGAGCUUUUUCAAGGUAGGUAGGUAGCCUGUUUAUGCAUUUAUUAAAAAUGUAACCUAAGUAAACGCAUUCCUGCAUCACAGGUGUGUGUGUGUGUGUGUGUGUAUGGAUGCUUCUCUGCGUCUGUUUGUAGUCAACCCUGGAUGAGGAGGUGUGCAAGGAUGAGGUGUAGUUCAGAGAGGAACUACUCCUCCAUGAAUGGUCUCUUCUUACCAACAUGAAGGCAAUUAUGCAAAGGAAGCAAAAAAAAAACGGUGUUGUUGUGCAACGUCCCUUUGUUCUGUGAAGUCGGACUCUCUUUGAAGCUCCGAAUCUGUCUCUUUUUUUGUCUCAUUAACCGAUGCCCGGAGCUCCGACCUCUGCCAACAUUUCACACGGCUCCUCUUCAGCCAAACCUUUGUAUCAGAUGUCUACUGGGGAAAACAAACUAGGAGCAGAUUAGUUCUAGUCAUUGCUUUCAAGCACUUGCUGCUCAGGUCAUAAGUUAUGCAAGAUUUUAUUUUUAAAAAGGACCCUUUGGCUUGUUUAUCAUUCCUGUCGCUUUUUUGAUGAAGACAAAAAGCAUGUUCCCUUCCUCCUCCAGGAGUCUUUCCUUUGAGUGGAACUCAUGCAGCUAGAGAAGCCGUACGUCUUUGAGUGAGUGUGCGGCUCCUUCCAAAGAAAAACCAAAGACUUCCCAACUGCCUGCACUGAAUGAUCUCUGCUGUCAUUCUCAUCAGGACAUGUACAUUUGUUGUUGUUAUUGGAUCAAAGAGCACAAUGUUAAUUCUUCUGUUCUUUUUAAAAGAAUUCCCUUUCUCGUAUAUCUCUCCAUUUCUUAUUAUGCUCAAAGCAUGUACGUCUGAAAAUGUUAAUUUAAAAAAAACUGUUGUAUGUAAUUUCAUCAUUGAUGCUUCUGUAUUGAGUGCUUGUAAAGUUUGCCGAUA